CCCCGCGGCACUUACCCCCGGACUCCCAGACUGCCAGAGCUCCUUCCUCCAAAGCCCAGUCACCUAAGGCCUGAGCCCCCGCAAGAGAGGAAGGUCGAUUUCAGAUUACCCCCCCAGCCCCGCCUCUUCCCCCCGCCCGCCCAGCUUCCUCUCUCUAUGAGGAACACUUUCACUUCCUGCUACUCCAGGCCUCCCUUCGGAGAACAGGUAGGGGUCCCCAGGGACCUAGCGGCUGGCAUCGUCACCCCCACUGCCUCCCUUUGGUGUCAGGCUGCUGGCCCCACCCCGCCCUGCCCAGCACCACCGGCCAUCCAGGCGAGCAUCAGCCUCUCUGCCCCCACCCACCCCUCCUUCCUGCUCUCCCCUGGACAGGACACCUGCUCACUGUCCCCACCCUUCCUAAAACCCCGGGUUUCUAGUCAGCAGGCUGAUUGAUUUGUUUAGCUGUUCAUUACCCCUUUCCUAUGCCACCCCCCGAGGGCAGGGGCCUGUUCUAUCCACCACUGUUUCCCCAGGCCACCCAGUCUGGGCCUGUACUUACAAAGUAUUUGUUAGGUGCACAGAUGAAUGGACCCAGGGGUCCUACUCCUGCCACUGCUGCAGGGAAAAUAUUUAAAAAUGCCCACCUCGAGUGAUAACCCACGCUAGCUAGGACUACGUACCUGCUGAAGAGUUGAGGUCCGAUGGACAGAGGGACAGAUGUCGAAUAAGCAAAAAAGAAAAUGCCAGCAGUAACAUCUAGGUAGCGGGUAUAAGGAUGUUCUCUGUAAAAUUCUGGUUUUCUGGAUGUUUGAAAAUGUCUCUAAUAAAAUGUGGGGGAGGGAAUAUUUGAGGGCCCCCCCGCCGUGGUCUGGGAAGGGGGAAGAUGUUGUAUAAGAUAGUUCACGUUGACAGAGUGUCCCCUGUGGGCUGAGCACCUGUCUGGGCACUGGGUUUGGGCAAAAGCUGUUAUUCAACUGGUCCAUGUCUGUAUUAUGGCAGCACUGGUUGUCAAAAGCUGGAACAUCUCUGUGCCACUCGGUAAAGAGCCAUCAGUCUGGGUCCUCCCUUUCCCCCCUCCCCACCAAGACCCACUGGCCUGCUUCCUGGGAUCCCCAGAUCUCCCCACCACCUGGGGACUAAAGCAUUAACACCUGCCACAGCAAGGGGCCUUGGGUCCGUUUGCAUUGGUCAGGGUUUCUGCUGUAUUGGUUGUAAAUAUGCUGACUGUUACCUCUGGGUUGGAGGCACCUUGAGCCUUAUCUUCCUUCCUGCCAGAGGCCAGACCAUGGCUGGCUGGCCUCCCGCAUCCUGAGGAUGGCCCAGCCGGAGGACGAGGCCUCUGCAGGCCCCACCGUCGGGGAGAGACAGGUUCCAUCACAGGUGAAUGGAGCAGAUGAGACCCUCACAGGGGUCCUUGGGACCCCAGAGCCACUCCUUCGCCUAUGGAGGACGUGGGGGGUGUGGCAGAUCCCAGAGCUGGACACUCAGGAUGCAGAAGCCCUUCUUGAGCUGUGGCCACCGGGGAGCUUCCUGGUCACAGGACAUGACCCCAGCCAGGUCCUGGUGUUGAGGACAGGAGCUUCACCAGGAGAAGUCCACACCUACCAGAUCCAGAAGCUUCCUGGAGGUGUGUCUCUGGAAUAUUCUAACCUCUGCAUGCCAGACCUGCCCCAUCUCCUGGCCUUCCUAUCAGCCAGCAGGGAUGUUUUGCCCAGAACACUGCUCUUGCCCCCUCCCACUCUAAGGCCUGGAGACCAACACACAGGUCCUCCACAGACUGGCAGUGUCCACCUCAACAUCUCAGAGAAGGUGCUGUCUAUGGUGAACAAGCUCUACCUGGAGACCCACAGAGGGUGGGGGAUGGAGCAGAUCCUCCAGAAACCUCCAGAAACUGUAGAAAGACACAGUUCAGCCCCCAGGAACCCUGCCCCUCACCGGGUCUCCUGGGUUGAAGGCCCGCUCAGCCCAGAAGUACACCACCCUGGGCCAGCUCUGGCCAGCCUGGUGGAGGAGAAAGUGGAGGACAAGGAUGAGGACGAGAACGAGGACAACUACAAAGAUGAAGAGAACGGCCCUGAGGAUGUGCUCACCCAUCACAUCCAGGCUCUGGCCAGGGCCCGGGGCAGCUAUGUGGGCAGGCAGUUCCAGAGCCUUAGGGCACGCCUCACCUCAAAUGCCAGAGGCCCCCACAUGCCUGGGGACCCCGCCACAGAGCUGCUUCAGGAUGUGCGGCACCUCCUGACUGACCUCCAGGAUCACUUAUCAAAGGACCCCAAUGUCAGGGCUGUUUUGGAGAGCAGGGGGCCUGGGGUCCCCCAGAAGGACGAGCCUCUUGGCGCCGCGGUGGAGGCGGCCUUGUGCCGGGCGGUGCUGGCGCCCCUGAAGCCUGUCCUGUGGACGCGACUCCGCACGCUCCGCGCCCAGGAACUGCGGCGACUGCAGCAGCGACAAAUAGCGCUGCGGACGGGGGCGGGGCCUCCGGACCACCGGGGGGCGGGGCUCGAGGGGCAGGGCCCCGCCCCCGCCCUGCGGAGCCGCAUCCACGCGCGCCUGGCGCACCUCCACGCCGCCUGCGCCCCACGCCGCAAGGUGGCGCUGCUGCUGGCGGUGUGCAGUGACGUUUACGCGGGCCUGGCUCAGGCCGAGAACCAAGAGCCCCUGGGGGCCGACGCCUUCCUGCCCGCGCUGACGGAAGAACUGAUCUGGAGUCCGCACAUUGGGGAGACGCAGCUGGACGUGGAGUUUCUCAUGGAGCUGCUGGAUCCCGAGGAGCUGCGUGGGGAAGCCGGCUACUACCUGACCACGUGGUUUGGGGCGCUGCACCACAUCGCUCACUACCAGCCCGACGCGGGCCGCGCGCCCCAGGGGCUCAGUUCUGAGGCUCGCGCCUCCCUCCGCCAGUGGCACAGCCGGCGGACGCUGCAUAGACGCGACAGACAGGCCCACGCCGGAGCGCAGGUUCCAGGUGGAGCCCAGCACAGGACGUGAACUCAAAAGCCUGAGAUCAAGACCUGAGCUGAGAUGUUUAACGGACUGAGCCACCCAGGAGCCCCAGCAAGUGCAGGUUUCUGAUAACUAUGAUCAAUUUGCCUUCAUGUGGAAGCGGCAAACAAUGGACCUUUCCAGUGCCUCCCCACAGCUCCCUGCACAGCCCCAAAACAUGCCAUGGGAUGGUAGCCAGAGAUCUGUCCCCAUUCUCCUCCACAUCAGGAAAAUGGGCCCAGGACACUGAAGAUAAUGUUAACAUGUGAAGACUCGCCUCUGCUGCAGGACUCUGUAUAGAGUUUGCUGGAACAUCUGCAAGGGAGAGGAUGCAUGGCGAACCCACAGAAAAUUCAAGGCCUGGGCGCCACCAAAACGUUUUUGGGAGUCAUUUGGUUGCAUAAGAUGCGCAUUGUUGCACAAGCUGUGAAGGAGGAGAUGCAAGCCUAUCCAACCCUUAUGGGGUUUUUGAAGGAAUUUAUCCCCCCCUCCCCUGCCACCCCGACACAGUGCCUCCGUCCCUUGUACUACCUGGUAAAGAAAGGGCACAUGGGGACUGGGGAUCAGAGCAGCAGGCCACCUUUGAGAAGUCAAAAAUGCUGGCGGAGCAGAUGAAAGUUUGGGCAUCUCCUAAACGGGGCUGCCAUUUGCAUUAGAUGUGUCCAUGAUUCCAGAAGAUGUGGAUUGGGCACUCUGGCUAGGACAACGGAAGGAGACGGUACCCUUAGGAUUUGGGUCCCAGCUCUGGAAGGGGGCAGAAAUCCGGUACAGCCCCACAGAGGAACAGCUCCUAGCCGUGUACACAGUACUCCUCCAAGUAGAGCCUCUCAUGUGGGAAUAGGCAUAUCCCAGUGAAGAACUUCCCUUCCUAUUAAGGGGGGAGUUGAGAAUACGUCCCAUCGACCCACCUCUGCCAUAACUCAGACUCCCACUUUGACUAAGAGGCAUGCCUAUUUGCCGCAGACAAGCACUCUCUCCACCACUCCACCGUCUCUAGAAGGGCAGGUGCUAGCUACCAGGGCCCAUAGAGUAUGUCAAGCCUCCAAAUGCGCCCACCCCCUUCCCACGGUGGCCCCUGUGGCCCGCACAGAAGGAGUGGGGAAAUUCCCACUGGUACCUGGAAACCCGAACAAACAGUAGGAGCCUGUGGGCUGAACUUGGAGUGGUUUGGCUGGUGAUCACCCAUGAACCCCGACUGCUCCCCCUUUGCACGGACCAUCAGGCUGUACUCAAAUGAUGAACCCUAUGGCUCAGACAAUAGGGAGCCAAGGGGUAAAUGAUCAUGAAUAAGUCAUGUGGGGUCAGGAUAUGUGGAAAGACGUUUUGGUUUACCUGCAAGAGCCUGAGGUGUCCACACGGUGGUUCAUAAGGCACUGACACUCCCAGGCAAUCAGGAAGCAUUAAGAGUAACCACCAUGGCGCCCAGGUGGAAGGCAUAUCGUCAGGGAUGCCAGAUGGCCCUUGACAUACAGUGACUUGGCUAACUCUGUAAAAGUAUGUCCUGUGUGUCCUAAAUAAUGCCAAAGCAAGUGCCAAAGGAGUCUGGGUGGGGCCAGCCGCCAGAGUUCCCAACUAGUGAGGGAUUGGCAGACAGAUUAUAUUGACCUCCUUUCCCUGAGUGAGGGUUCUAAAUUCUUUGGUGUGGACACGGCAUCUGGCCUAACCCAAGCUUUCCCUUAUCGCUGUGCAAGCCAGGGGGUCACCAUCAGGGAGAUUAGAGAAGCUGAGUACCACGUACAGAUACCCUCAUCAAAUAAACAGUGAUCAGGAGUCACAUUUGGAAGAUCACGAUAUACAAGAUAGAGCAAAAGAACAGGACAUUGAAUGGAGGUCCCAUCUCCCUUAUAACCCUCAAGCAGCAGGGUUAGUGGAAAGGAAAAGUGGAAUAUUCAAAUAGCAGAUUAGAUUACUAACAGGUAAAACCACCCUGGCUGGGUAGACUAAAGUACCCUCCCAGGCUUUAAUACAUUUUCUUUUUCUUUCUUUUUUAAAGAUUUUUUAUUUAUUCAUAAGAGACAGACAGAGAGAGGCAGAGGGAGAAGCAGGCUCCCCGCUGAGCAGGGAGCCCGAUGCGGGACUCGAUCCCAGGACCCUGGGAUCAUGACCUGAGCCGAAGGCAGACGCUUAACCAUCUGAGCCACCCAGGCGCCCCUCUUUUUCUUUUUUUUUAAGAUUUAUUUAUUUUUAUUUGAGAGAGAGCAUGAGCAGGGGGAAGGGCAGAGGAAGAGGAAGAGAGAGAAUCUAAGCAGGCUCCACGCCCAGCACGGAGCCCGAUGCAGGGCUCGAUCCCAGGACCCUAAGAUCAUGGAAUCAAGAGUUGGAUGCUUAACCGACUGAGCCACCCAGGCGCCCCCUUCAUGUGAAUGAUCAUCCAGGAAGACUUGUUGCACCAUAUGCCAAACUGGACACCCCUGCGGAGACACCCAGCACCAGAAGGGCAUGGAAGUCAUGGGAAGCAGCCAUUGCCCCAGCACUCACUGCAGAUUAUAAUGCUUUGCUACUGAGAACCCUAAGCCCCAUGACACCUGAGACAGGCAUUAUCUACCGGAACUUGCAAUGACUCAUCCCAGCUUGACCCACGAGCUGGACUUAGGCGAUCAGAGGCACCUCACUCCCUCCCCUGACCGUGGAUUGUACUUCUGCCCACCGUUCCCACAGUGGGAGCCAUCCCAAGGACAUAGCCUUAGUAGAGCAAGGUGUUGUUGAGACCAUCUGGCUCUAUAAUCUUUAAGAUGCUGGUGGGUGGGUGGGGAGACCUACCCAUCUUCAGCGCCCAAGACAAGCCUUGUAAGUACCUUCCCUUGCUUAUUAAACCAGCCACUUACCAAUCUGGGGUGGUCUGUCUCUUUCUUUGGUCUCCCCUUGUCCUCUGUGUACAGGGGGGCAGUUCGCGAACAAACAAUGACACCUUAGGCGGUCAAGAUUGCAUGAUCCACAGGGCAAGUCUCAGAGCUAAGAGAUCUUGCCCCUUUAGUGUUUUCUGUUUAAGUGAUCUCUACACCCAACAUGGGGUUCGAACUCAUGACCCAGAGAUCAAGAGUCACAUACUCUACCAACUGAGCCAGCCAGGUGCCCCAAGCUUGGCAGCUUCUUAAAAAUUUAAAUAUAGGGGGGCCUUGGGUGGCUCAGUCAGUUAAGCAUCUGAAUCUUGAUUUCGGCUCAGCUCAUGAUCUCAGGGUCCUGGGAUUGAGCCAGCGUCAGGCUCCCCACUCAGUGGGGAGUCUGCUUAUCUCCCUGUCCCUCUGCGCCUCCCCAUGCUCUCUCUCUCAAAUAAAUGAAUAAAUCUUUUUUUUAAAAAAGUUAAAUAUAUACCCACCGUAUAUGAUUCAAGCAUUCCACUCCUAGGUGUAUACCCUAGAGAAAUGAAAGCAUAUGUUCACACAAAGACUUGUACACCAGUGUUCACAGCACUUCUAUCGGUAAUUGCCAAAGACUGGAGAGAAGGCAAAUGUCCACCAACAGGUCACUCGAUAAAAACCAGUCGUGGUGACUUGAUAAACUGUCCCCUGCAAUGGCCUAGUUCGACACACAUGAAGCGCAAAACAAUGAUGUUGAGUGAAAAAAGCCAGACACGAGAAUCCACACUGUAACAUUUCAUUCUGGAAAAUACCAACUGGGGCGCCUGGGUGGCUCAGUCGUU